AUGAGCAUUACAAUACGAAAAAAAGAUGGUAAUCCAAAUGUAAAGUUUUUUGAAUCACCAGAUACUCUGGCUCAGUUUGAUACAAUCCGAAAAUGGUUCCAGAAAAAGGAUUUAAAAAAGUACUUCGGGGAUGAACAAUUAACCAAGGAGAGUUUGGCACAAUUUGUGUUACAAGUAUUGCAAUUUCAAGAGGAAAACCUGGGGAGAAAUACUCAUGAUGCACAGCUAACUAGAAUUCCAAUGGAAUGUUUUCUUGAUUUUCGUGAAACUGGAGCUCUAUAUCACAUUAUCCUCGGAUGUUAUAUGUAUAAAUCUACUCACAACUGGAAAAAACUUGAUUUAGCAUCACAUUCAAGUCAUGAGACUAUAAAAUUAUUUCAGCAUGUCCAAAAACUAUUAAUUGAUAAAAAUGUGUUGACAUUACCCAUUUGUUAUUUACGUCCAGAAAUUGAUAAAAAAUUACAAAUACAAUUGAAACAGAUGAUUGAAAAACAUAAUGGAAAAGUAGCAUCUAAUGAAGAUGAUGCUGAUCAUAUUGUUUAUCCUCCGCUAGAUGAAAAACGUGAUAUUGAUAGUGAAAGAGAGAAUGAAUAUGUACGUGUUGUUGAAAAACGUGGUCGAGAUUGCCGUUUACAUUAUUGGUUUUAUCCGGAUUCAUACGAUAUAUGGGCACCAAAUUUGGAUGCUGAAGAGUCAGAAAAGCGAGAUGAAACAUUUCAAGGAAUAUGGCAUGUUACUGCUAAUUGGAUAUUAGACACAGCGGAAUUCAAUGAAUGGAUGACUGAAGAAGAUUAUGAAAUUGAUGAAGAUAUGGCACGAGAAGGACGGAUCAAAUUAAAAAAUUGUGGUAAAGAACGGAAGACACUGACUGAACUGAUACCAGAACGAAAAGAUAAGCCAAAUAUGGCAAUAAAUACAUCAAAUUCAUCAUCGUUAUUAGGUGCCACUACAACAAAUGCUGCAUCAACGAUAAAAAAACGAUCAACUCAAGGAUCAAAUAAAUCACGAAAAACUACAAAAAAAAUGAGAGGAAGUGGUAUGGAUAUGGAUGAUACAGAUUUAUCUAAAGAUGGCGAAAAUUCAUUAUCGCAGUCAAAUUUUGACGAUCAAACGUUAUCAAAAAUACCAUCACUGAAUCAGAAGCGGGAAGAUAUUCAAAUGCAAAAGAAUCUAAUGCUCACCGAUUUGAAUGAAGAAGCAGAUGAUUAUAUGGGAAUAGAUGAUCAAUUGCAAGAUGGAUCAUCAUUACAAAAGAAAACUGAUCCCGAAGCAUGUGAACAAACACAUCAUAUAAUAAUACCAAGUUAUUCUGCUUGGUUUGAUUAUAAUGCAAUUAAUGCUAUAGAAAAACGUGCUUUACUCGAAUUUUUUAAUGCUACAAAUCGUUCAAAAACACCAGAAAUUUAUAUGGCUUAUCGAAAUUUUAUGAUUGAUACAUAUCGUUUAAAUCCAAAUGAAUAUUUAACUGUAACAGCGUGUCGUCGAAAUUUAGCUGGAGAUGUUUGUGCAAUAAUGAGAGUACAUGCUUUUCUCGAACAAUGGGGUUUAAUUAAUUAUCAAGUUGAUGCUGAUUUACGACCAUCUCCAAUGGGUCCUCCGUGCACAUCACAUUUUACAAUAUUAGGUGAUACACCAUGUGGUUUAGCACCCAUUGGUCAUCCAAAACCACCACAAAGAGAAAAUUCAUGUUCAAAAACGAUUGUAGAUUUUAAAGAGGCUAAACGUGAAGAACGUGAUGUUGAAAGUACAUUAGGUUUAAGAAUUGAUCAAUAUAAUAAAAAAUUAUCUGUCAAUCCAAAGACAAGAGCAAAAGAUUGGACAGAUCAAGAAAUUUUAUUAUUAUUGGAAGGUUUGGAAAUGUACAAAGAUGAUUGGAAUAAAGUAUGUGAACAUGUUGGAACUCGUACCCAAGAUGAAUGUAUUUUAAAAUUUUUACAACUACCAAUUGAAGAUCCAUAUCUGGAAGGAAAUGGAUCACUAGGUCCACUCGUUUAUCAACCAACACCAUUUAGUCAAAGUGGAAAUCCAGUUAUGUCUACAGUUGCAUUUUUAGCUAGUGUAGUUGAUCCACGUGUAGCAAGUGCUGCAGCAAAAGCUGCUCUAGAGGAAUUUUGUAAAAUGCGAGAUGAAGUUUCACCAUCGUUUAUUGAUACAAAUCAAGCGAUGAUGGAAAAUAUGAUACGUAAAGGGAAAAAAAUUGAUGAAAAUUCUAGUCUUGAACUACUUGGUCUGACGAAUAAUGAAGAUGUUGAACGUGAUAAAAGUAAAGAUACGGAUAAUUCUAUCGAUAGUGGAAUUGCAAGAAAAUCUAAAAUAAAAGAAGAAAAAAUGGACGGUGAAAAUCCAUCGCAGUCACAAAAUGAAAAUCAGGUAGUAACAGAUGACAUCGAGAUAAAAAAAAUGGAAACAGAAACAGACGAUAGACCAAGUGAAUCGGUCACAACAGCAAAUACAUCUUCAAUCACAGCUUCAUCAGAAAUAAAUAUCGAUAAUGACGAUGGAACUAAAACGACAAAGGAUCAAGAUUCACGAACCUUAUUAGCAGCUGAAAUUAAUGAAAAAGAAAUUAAGUCAGCAGCUGCUGCGGCGUUAGCAGCGGUGGCAUAUUUAGCAUCAAUUGAAGAACGAAAAAUAAAAAGUGCUGUUGCUCAAGUCGUGGAAAUGCAAAUUAAGAAACUUGAAAUUAAAUUACGUCAUUUUGAAGAAUUAGAAACAAUUAUGGAUCGUGAACGUGAAAUGAAAACAUUUGCUGAUCAAAAACUUGAAAUUCAACGUCAACAAUUACUUCAAGAUCGACAACAAUUUCAAUUAGAACAAAUAAAAGCAUCUGAAUUAAAACAACGUCAGACUACAGCGAAUCAAUUAUUUACAGCCGAUACUCGUAAUACAAUUACUAUUCAUCAGCCACAAUCAGUACAACAUUCACAAUAUAUUCGUUCUCCGCAACUACCAAUGGGAAAUAUUAUGCAACCUGCUGGUCUACCCCCGCCUGUGCCUGUUACUAGUACUUCAUCACCUUAUACAACAACCGCACCACUCGUUUCCACAUCAUCUCCUUAUUUAUCAACACAACCAAACACAUCAAAUGGUAAACAGCCAACAAGUCCAUUAUCCAGUUCUUUACAGCAAUCAAACGGUACUCAAAGUGUCGGACAAUUGAACAAUCAAAAUGAUAAUAAUCAAAGUGAAGAAUCAACCGAUUCUCAGCGAAGCGAUCCUGCUUCUCCUUCACAAAUGACGUCGCCCAAAAUGUCAAACUCAAUGCAUGAUAACAAUCAACAAGGUAUCUCAGACAGUAGUGAAUCCAUACCAGUUAUACCGGGUGAAAUAGAUCCAGAGUCUGAUGAUCCUGAUGUAUCAUCAAUAUCUUCUAGUUCACAACCUGUAGUGAAUCGUAAACCUAGAAAUAGUCGUCGUGUAUCAUUUACCGGAAAUUCAAAUCGUCGAUGUGAACAUACAACUUUAAAUGCUGUCAGUCCAGGUGUUUCAUCAUCCCAAACACAUUAUAGUCAUAUAGACAAAGAAGAUGAAAAACGUCGUUAUCAAUGUGAAACUUGUUCAAAAAAAUUUAAGCAUAAACAUCAUUUAAAAGAACAUGAAAGGUUACACACAGGAGAAAAACCUUAUAAGUGUGAUAAAUGUGAAAAAAGAUUCAGUCAUUCAGGUUCGUAUUCACAACACAUUAAUCAACGAAAUAAAUAUUGUCGACCAGACAAUGAGACAGAUUUUGAAUAG